AUGGCAGCAGCAGCACAGCAGCAACAGCAGCUACGGCAGCAGCAGCUGCGGCGGGGCGCAACCUGCGGGGCAGCAUUAGCAGCAGCAUCGCUUCCGCUCCUUCCUGCAGCAGAGCGAUCGCCUUCUUGGUUAGAGUAUCGUUUUGGCGCUGCAGCAGCAAGAGCAACGGGAGCAGCAGCAGCAGCAGCAGCAGCAGCAGCUGCAGCAGCAGCAGCAACAGCAGCAGCAGCAACACAGAGGACGGGAGGCAUUGGCAAUAGCAGCAGCAGCAGCAGCAGCAGCAACACCAGCAGCAGCAGCAGCAGCAGCAGCAGCGACAGUGCUUUGGAGCUGCUGCUUCGGACGGACAGCUGCAUUUGCUGCCGCGCUUGGCCGACGCAUUUGCAGACAUACGUUGAGCAACUUAGCAGCAGCAGCUGCAACAGCAGCAACAGCAGCAGCUGCUGCAACAGCAGCAGCAGCAGCAGCAGCAGCAGCAGGAGGCUGACUUCCGCGUCUUCCCCUGGCUUUUCCCUUGUCUUGUUUAACUUGCUUUCCCCAACUGUGGCGAAAGCAGCAGCCACUGUUCCUGCAGCAGCAACAGAAGCAGCAGCAGCAGCAACAGCGGCAGCAGCGGCAGCAGCAACAGCAGCAGCACCAACAGCAGCAGCAGCAGCAGCAGCAGCGGGAGGAGGUGUUGUACAGCUGAGCUGCCUCUGGUGGCCUAUUGGACCUCCGGCUUGCGUAAGCGCAGGUUCACGCAUUAUAGCGCAGCAGCAGCAGCAGCAGCAGCAGCAGAGUAGCUGCAGCAGCAACAUUUCGUCAGCUGCAGCAAAUCAGUUUAUAUGGCAAUGGAUUCCUCUACAGCUGUUGCAGCAGCAGCAGCUCCCGUCCUGCCCGACAGGCAGCAGGAGCAGCAGCAACAACAGCAACAGCAGCAGCAGCGGCAAUCUCAGCCGCAGCAGCAACAGCAACAGCAGCAGCAGCCACGACAGCAGCAGCAACGGCAGCAGCAUCGUCAACUGCAGCAGCUGCAGCAGCAGCAGCAGCAGCAGCAUAUGCAGCAGCGGCACUUUGAUUCAAAAGCAGCAGCAGAGGAAGCAGCAGCAUCUGCUGCUGCAGCAGCAGCAGCAGCAGCAGCAGGACAAUCAUCAUCAUCAUCAACAGCAGCAGGAGCAGCAGCAACAGCAGCAGGAGCAGCAGGAGCAUCAUCUUCAAGCCCCUCAUCUGAAUCGUCAUCACGAGACGGAGCAGCAGCAGGAGGAGCAGCAGGAGCAGCAGCAGGAGGAGGAGCAGCAGCAGCAGCAGAAGGCUGUUGCUGCUAUGCCUGAUGUUACUCUUGUCCAGAGGCAUAGACAGCAGCAGCAGCAGCAGCAGCAGCAGCAGCAGCAACAGCAGCAGCUACAGCAAGGGGAGGAAGAAGAAGGAGAUUCUAGAGAGGCAGCAGCAACAAACGAAAAUGGCACACAACAGCAGCAGCAGCAGCAGCAACAGCAGCAGCAGCAACAGCAGCAGCAGCAGCAGCAGCAGCAGGAUGAUGAUGCUAGUGAAGGUAGUACAACAACAAACCCUAAUAAUAGCACAGGAUCAGGAGCAGCAGCAGCAGCAGCAGCAGCAUUAAGGGAGGGGGCCCCUGGGGGCCCCCAUACCCAUAGAGACACAGCAAAUGGGGACAUAAGUCCCUUUACGGAGACAACAUCAGCAACACCAAGUAGUAGUAGUAGUAGCAGCAGCAGCAGCAGCAGCAGCAGAGGCAGCAGCAAUAAUAAUAACAGUAAUACAACAAGUACAACAAGUAGCAGUAGUACAAGUAAUAGUAAUACCAAUACAAUCAGCAACAGCAGCAGCAGCAACAGCAGCAGCAGCAACAGCAACAGCAGCAACAGCAGCAGCAGCAGCAGCAGCAGCUAUAUAGAGGAGUAUAUAUCUCUUGCUCGUCUUAUGGAGAAAGGAAGGAACACUCUUGUUCUUCGUGAUUUACCACCACAAACAACAAAAGAAGAUUUACUUGCUAUUCUUCGUAAGGCUCCUCUGCUGCAGCAACUGCAGCAGCAGCACAAACAGCAACAGCAGCAGCAACAGCAGCAGCAACAGCAGCAGCAGCAGCAGCAAGGGGAGGAGAAAUCGUCUCAGGUUGGUGAUGAAAAUAGUUCAAACGAAGACACCAAUCAGCAGCAGCAGCAGCAGCAGCAGCAGCAGCAGAAAGACAGCAGCAACAGUAACAGAACCAAUCAGGAUCAGCAACAAGAGCAGCAACAGGAUCAGCAGGAUCAGCAGCAGCAGCAGCAGCAGCAGCAAGAGGAAGAAGAGGAGAAUUGGUGUAGUAUACGUAAGGAUGUAAAUGAUACAUGGUUUGUUUCUCUUAAGGGAUCAACAAAUACACAAGAAAUUGCCUUAUGGCUUAGAUCACAACAAUUCAAUGUUGGUAUAAAGGCAUCACAUGCAUUACACCGCGUUGUAUCAGCGCAGGCAACAGCAGCAGCAGCAGCAGCAACAGCAGCAGCAGCAGCAGCAGCAUCAGCAGCAGCUCCACAGUUCUUCCCUGCACCUCCCAUGACUCCCUUAGCCUUAGCUCCUCCCCCGUCACCUUAUGGGGUACUGCCUGCUGCUGCAGCAGCAGCAGCAGCAGCAGCAGCAGGAGACAUGGGUGUCGUGCUUCCUGCUGCACGGCAGCAGCGCCGCAGCGCAGCAAGACCGCAGCGCGGCAGCAACAGAGGAAGGAGAGGAGGAGGAGGGCUUGCUGCUAGCUAUGCACGUGUGGGGCCCCACACGUCCCCACAAGUAUACAGCAGCAGACUGCAGCAACUGCAGCAACUGCAGCAACUGCAGCAAAUGCCUCCUUAUCCUGUAGAGGCAGCAGACAUGCAGCCAUUUAUGUGGCCGCCGCAUGCAUCCUUGCAGCGGCAUCAUCUACUGCAGCAGCAGCACGUGCUGCAGCAGCAACUGCAGCAGCAGCAGAUGAUGGGUGGAUGCUGGAUACCUGCACCGCAGCAAAGUCCUCCUGCUGCUGGCAGCAACAUGCACAGGGGAAGGGCUAGGGAUGGAGCAGCAGCAGGAGGAGCAGCAGGAGCAGCAGCAACAACCCCAGCAGCUGACACAGAGGAUUCCCGUAGAGGUCAGCAGCAACAACAGCAGCAGCAGCAACAGCAGCAGCAGCAACCGCAGCAACAGCAACAGCAACAGCAGCAGCAGCAGCAGCAGCAGCAGCAGCAAAUGAUGCCGCCACCGCAGCAGCUAUUCUAUGCUGCUCCUGGCUUCUUCUCUCCCCACAUGUUUAUGCCUCUGCCUUACAUGGCAGCAAGGCCAAUGCAUCCAUUUAUGCAUCAGCAGCAGCAGCAGCAGCAGCAGCAGCAGGCACAGGGCUUCCCCUCCCCACAGCAGCAGCAGCAGCAGCAGCAGCAACCAGGUUUUAGAGCUGUUGGCCGCGGCGGCAAGAGAAGAGGCGCAGGGGGCCAUUGGAGCGCAAGAGGGGGUCCUGCUGCUGUAGAUGAGCAGCAGCAGCAGGAGCAGCAGCAACAGCAGCAGCAGCAGCACGAGCUGCAGCAUGCCCCCCAAGGAGAAUCAAGUAGGGCUACAGCAGGUGCUGACUCCUGCUGCAGCGGCGGCGAACCGUCAGCAGCAGGAUCGGGGAGGAGGAAUGCAGCAGGAGCAGCAGCAGCAGCAGCAGGUGGAGCAGGAAGCAACGGCGGACGUAGCAGACAGCAGCAGCAGCAGCAGCAACCGCCGCUAGAAGCAGCAGACUUCCCUCCUCUUGGGGCUGCAGCAGCAAUGUCGAAGGCUCCUAGAGUGCAUGCACAGAGGAAGGGGGAAGAGCUCAUCGACUUAAACGCCACCGAUUGA